AUGAAGCUGUAUUACAUCGGAAAGCCGGCGGUACAGCUCUGCGCAGAGCAUGAGCUCAGCGAAUUCUCGCGAUGGACCAGAAACGAGUACGCAUCGUUCAUGACCAUGUUCAGCAAAACUAUCGCAGAGCGUACCAAGCCUGGCCAGAGGAACAACGUUGAAGAACAGGAUUAUGUGUUUCACUGCUACGCACGAACCGAGGGCAUCGCCGCCGUGAUCAUCAGCAAAGACUACCCAUCCCUGACCGCGCACACGAUCCUUUCCAAAGUCCUCGACGAAUUCCUCAGCCAGGACCGAAGGACAGCAGACGCAAAGCGGAACCCCAAGGACAACUCAGUUACCUUCGCAGAGUUGCGGCAAUAUCUCGAUAAAUACCAAGACCCGGCACAGGCAAGCAGUAUCACGGCCAUUCAACAGCAACUGGACGAGACCAAAAUCAUAUUGCACAAGACAAUCGACAGCGUGCUCCAACGAGGAGAGAAGAUCGACGAUCUGGUGGCCAAGAGUUCCGACUUGAGCAACCAGAGUAAGGCCUUUUACCAGACCGCCAAGAAACAGAACUCUUGUUGUCUCGUGAUGUAA